AUGUCAACGCCAAAGAUUAUUUACGUAGUGCACAGAUCCAUAUUCGUCGCGAUUGUAGUGCUUUCGAUCGUAAAGCAAGUUCGAAAUCAAGUAAACAAUGGAACACACACGGAUGGCAACGUUAGCGUGGAUCCGUACAAGAUUAUCGGGACCAGCGGUCGUCAAUAUAGCGCUGGUCGACAAGUGCUCGAUUUCCGAAGGAACGGCUUUAGAGUGGAUAUUCGAGUGGUACCGUCACUGAAAAACGAUUCUGCGAAAGACGAUGACUUCCCAGAGUUCCCAACGACAGACAUAGGCCGCUGUGUCAUCGAUUUCUCGCUAAUCUGCGCGAAGAAACGUCUCGGCCGAUUCCUGGACUCUAUUAGGGACUUAAACGAGAUUUAUUUAAUGGGUCAAGAUGUUAAACUAGUGAAAACCAGAGUGAUCAACGACCAUAGAUCCGUGAAUGAUAGCAAUGACACUAUAGAACGAAGUAUCAAUGACUUCUUCGAUACGUUUGCUUUAAGAAUUACACUACCCAGGUGGAAUGGGAACCGAGAAAAAAAUCAGAUAGAUGUUAUGUUUGACGAAACUCCUGUUUCCGAGGGGCGAGGCAAAGGAGGAGGCAAAGGCGGCAAAGACAAAGGUGGCAAAUGUAAGACAAUGAUGAUGGCUGGUCUUAUGAUGCUCAAAAUGAAAUUCAUGGGAGUAGCGACGAUGAAGGGCAUGAUGAUGGCUGGGAUGUCCCUAAUGAUAUCCAUGGCAAUGCUGAUGCAAAAGUAUAUGAAAGGAGGAGGCAAUGGCGGCGGCGGAGGAGGAGGAGGAGGUAAUGCCACAAAUUACCAACAUUAUCAUGAAUUGCUGUAAAUUGCCAACUUUAUUACGAUAUGAAUUAAAUGCGAUAUUACUUUAAUAUUUUCAGGUCAGUACAAAGAAAUCGUUCUUCUAACAAAAUCUAGUGGAGG